UCUAUCAUACAUUCCAUGAGCUUAAUAAAUUAAUAGUUUGGUAGUUUUUUCUGACGUAUUAGCACUUUAGCCAAUGUCCACUAGUACCCUGUAGCCUGUACAUACCCACCGCCAUUUUCACAUUCUUUAAAAUAUUGCCCAAAUUAUAUUAUAUAGUUGCUGCUCAAGAUUUUUCUUAUCAUUUGUGCAAUUUGAAUUUCAUACCCAGAAAAAAUUUGCUAGAAAAACCAUGUUCCUUCAAAUUGGGAAGUAAUAACUUUCUGGUGAUUUUGGGAAUGAUUGGAUGAGCAGAAUUGGUUAUUCUUGGAGGUUUGUAGUUUACUGAAAUUUUGUUUAUUCCUUGUAAAGAGUAACAUGUAUUUGGAUGAUUGAUUGAUGCAUUAGUGAUUACCUCAUUUGGGUUUGUAAGUGGUCUGAACUCUCUCGUAUUGACGGGUGCGGCCCAUGCGUGGGGGCUUCAUGGGAGCUCACCAGAUUGGUGAUUGACUUUUCUUUUGUGUUGUUAUAAUAGUAGUUGUUUGAGUUUCUUUGAAAGAGCAUCUGUUUAUUCUGGGUAAUUAUCGUGUAUAUUUGAGUCUGUGUAGUUACAAUGGAGGGUAGUAGUUAUCAAGAUAAAACUGAUGUUGUAUUAUCUAUAGUUGCUGCUGGAGUAGCAGCAGAUAGCACUAAGUCACCAGGCCAAAGCACUAUGUUGUCAGACCAAGGAAAAAGUUUUAUGUUUACCCCAAUGUCUCCUGAAAUCACAAAGUUAAGCCCCAUUUCAACACCCCAAAGACAUCCUAAGGUUCCAAAUGAGCUCAUGAGAAAGCGCACUUCUCUUGCUAGGUCGAAAACUAAAUCAAGAUUAGUUGAGCCACCAUAUCCUAGUGAUGAAGCUUUGGUUGAUGAAACCACUUAUUUAGUGGGUCCAAAAACACCUGUCAGAACACCUAAGGCGUCUCCUAGAGUUAGUGUAGGAACUCCAGUAGGCAUCCCAAAAUCACCUUUUUCAGUCUUAGGAAAUGAAGAAGAGGAAGAUGAGGAUGUUUACAAAUCCAUUGACCUUCAAUUGAAUCAAAAAUCUCGUAAGAGAUUGAAAUUUUUUGCUUUAUUAGAGUGGAUAGUGUUCAUUAGCUUGAUGGGUUUGUUAAUCGCUAGCUUGACUAUCAACCAAUUGAAAGGUACCGCGUUGUGGAGUUUAAGACUUUGGAAAUGGUGUGUUUUUGUCAUAGUAAUAUUUUGUGGUCGAUUGGUAACAGGAUGGUUCAUUAACAUUCUUGUAUACUUGGUGGAACAAAAACUGUUGCUUAAGAAGAAAGUUCUGUAUUUUGUAUAUGGACUAAAGAAAAGUUUACGAGUAUUCCUCUGGUUGAGUUUUGUUCUUCUAGCAUGGAUUUUGUUGUUUACGCAUGGGACCAACAGAUCAAGGAAGACCAAAAAAGUAUUACAUUAUAUUACAAUGGCUAUUGCUGGGUUUUUAGUUGGGGCUGGAAUAUGGCUACUGAAGACUGUACUGAUCAAACUUUUAGCUUUAUCAUUCCAUGUCAAGAGGUUUUUUGAUCGAAUUCAGGAGUCUUUAUUUGAUCAGUAUGUUCUUCAAACACUUUCCGGGCCUCCAUGCAUGGAGAUGGCACAAAGUUUGACCAGAUCAAGGACUAGUGGUCAGUUAAGUUUAGAACGAAUGACAAAAAGUGCAGGGGUGAAAGAAGAAGUUAUCAAUGUAGAGAAGCUUCACAAAAUAAACCAAGAUAAAGUUUCUGCUUGGACCAUGAAAGGGUUAAUUGAUGUCAUAAGGAGAACAAAGCUGUCUACUAUAUCUAAUACCCUUGAUUAUGAUGAAGAUGAUGAGACGGGUGAGCAAAAUAAAGAGAUCACAAGUGAAUGGGAAGCAAAAGUUUCUGCUCUUAAGAUCUUCAAAAAUGUUGCUAAACCUGGCUACAAGUAUAUUGAUGAAGAAGAUCUCUUACGUUUUAUGAAAAUGGAUGAAGUAAACCAAGUAUUUCCCUUAUUUGAAGGUGCUGUUGAAACAGCAAGGAUCAGGAAAACAGUUUUAAAGAAAUGGGUGGUUAAUUCUUACUUGGAGCGUAAAUCACUUGCUCAUUCAUUAAAUGAUACAAAAACCGCUGUAGAGGAGUUGAAUAGAAUAGCUUCAGGCGUGGUGGUGAUUAUUAUGGUUAUUGUGUGGAAUCUUAUGAUGGGAUUUUUGGACACCAAAAUACUUGUCUUUAUCUCAUCUCAAUUGCUACUUGUGGCAUUUAUGUUUGGCAAUUCCGUCAAGACUGUUUUUGAAGCAAUCAUAUUUGUAUUUAUAAUGCAUCCUUUCGAUGUGGGUGACCGUUGUGUGAUUGAUGGUGUUCAGAUGGUUGUUGAAGAGAUGAACAUCUUGACCACAAUAUUCUUAAGAUAUGAUAACGAAAAGAUCACCUAUCCAAAUUCUGUUUUGGCAACCAAACCUAUCAGCAACUUCUAUAGGAGCCCAGAAAUGGGUGACUCAGUUGAGUUUGCAAUUGACUUCUCCACUACAGUAGAUACCAUUGCUGCUCUAAAGACUAGAAUAAAAUCGUAUAUAGAAAACAAACCUGAACACUGGCGACUAGGCCAUAGUGUACAAUUGAAAGAGAUUGUGGACAUGAACAAGAUUAAGAUGGUUCUUUAUGUCAACCACACUAUCAACUUCCAGAACAUUGGAGAGAAAGGAAUCAGAAGAUCUGAUCUCGUCCUGGAGCUGAAGAAAAUUUUCGAGGAGUUGAGAAUCAUAUAUCAUCUUCUGCCACAGGAUGUGCAUGUUACACAUGUUGGGGGGCCGGCAGCAUCUCCUUCUUUUUCCCAUUGCUGAUCAAGUUUUCAACUGCAACUCUGCAAGAUAAUUUCAAUCUCUUGGUCUCUUGGCAGGCUCAGCGGUGGACUAAGUAAAAUUGUCUACAGAGAAGGUUACAUACGGUUUUGUGAAGAUACACCGGCCCAUGAGCAAGUGGUAGCAUAUCCAAAUCCUGAUGAAAUGUACAGUUAUGAUGAAAUUAUGUUCCAAGUGUUAUACUAUACUAUUUCCCAACUAGCCUUCUAAGUCAUAUGUUGACGGACAAAAUUUUCGUCUUAGGCGGGAAUAGUUUGUAAUUUAGGCGUCCUGCAACUAUGCAUUGUUGUACUUUACAUUACCAUUUUUUCAAAAAAAAUUAUGUUCUAUGAAAUCUUCAAUGUAAUUUCCUUCAAAAAAAGAAAUUCAAUGUAAUUGUUGCGUGUCUUGUACUUAAGUUAUGACGCAUAAACUAUU